CCUAUCUUCUUAUCAAAAUCAGGGGACCAGCAACUGUCCAGAAAUCCUGAAGAGAACAGAGGUGAAAAACUUUGUGCAAGUUCACAAAGCUUAGAAGGAGGACUGUUUUUUGACUCCAGGCAAUCUGACUUCAGAGCCUUCACAGGACUACAAGGGAAGAAUGCAGAAAUCAAAUGUGUGCUUGUAGGAGAUGGGGCUGUAGGUAAAACUUGCCUCCUCAUCAGUUAUACAACAAAUGCCUUUCCUGAGGAGUAUAUCCCCACUGUCUUUGACAAUUAUAGUGCCCAGACAUCUGUGGAUGGCCAAAUCGUCAGCUUGAACCUGUGGGACACUGCUGGCCAAGAGGAGUAUGACCGACUGCGAACACUCUCCUACCCCCAGACCAAUAUCUUUGUCAUUUGUUUUUCCAUUGGCAACCCAUCCUCUUAUGCCAACGUAAGGCAUAAGUGGCACCCAGAGGUCUCCCAUCAUUGCCCCAAUGUACCUGUUCUGCUGGUAGGCACCAAGAGGGACCUGCGGAGUGACCUCGAAACAGUGAAGAAGCUGAAGGAGCAGAGCCUAGUGCCCACAACUCCUCAACAGGGCACCGCCCUGGCUAAGCAGGUGGGGGCUGUGAAGUAUUUGGAAUGUUCGGCUCUGAUGCGGGAUGGGGUGCGUGAGGUAUUUUCAGAAGCUGUCCGGGCUGUGCUUUACCCUGCCACAAAGAAGAACACCAAGAAGUGCAUCCUCUUAUAGCUUUUGGGUGCUACGUGGGGACUGCACCUAAGGAGUUUAAGGGUUUAAAGGAGGGGAUUCCUUUGAUAGCAGUUAAGAGUGCCAGUAUGAGCCAUUUUUUUCUUCUACUAGAAACUCUAGACUCCAGGAUAUUUGGCUUUUGGAAGAAUGAAGACAGACUAAUUAGUUGGUACAUGGCUGCUUUGAAAUUUGGUCUGACCCUUAUGGAGGAAGAGUGUGUGUGUGUGUCUGUCUGUCCGUCCCUCCCCUGUCAAAGUGGUAAGAGGAGAUGCCACUCAGUGCUGUCCUUUCUCUCCUGGCGAGGCCAUAACUGACCAGAGUCAUCUAGUACUGUUCUUUGUGGGCUUUUGCUUGUCUGCUUUUAAAUCUAAUUUUAGCUGUCCUUGCUGUAUUUACCAUUGAUCAAGUGUCUCACAGGACAGGUUAUUCUGUUUUCAAAUUGUUGCCUUAAACUUUAUGAUAGACUAUUUUUUUUUUUUUUGAGACGGGGUCUUACUCUGUUGCCCCGGCUAGAGUGCAGUGGCAUCAUCAGAGCUCACUGCAACCUCAAACUCCUGGACUCACGUGAUCCUCCAGUCUCAGCCUCCCAGUAGCGGGGACUAUGAGCACGCACCAUCGGGCCUGGCUAAUUUUUCUAUUUUUUGUAGAGACAGGGUCUCAUUCUUGCUCGGGUUGGUCUCAAACUCCUGGCCUCAAGCAAUCCUCCCCCUUUGGCCUCCCAAAGUGCUAGGAUUACAUGAUAUACUAAUUUUUGAAAACCGUUUUUUCUUUUUUAUUUUUCACGUGUACUUCUACUAGAAUUGAAAACCACUGUAUGUGUGAUUCCUGGGUAUUCCUCAUGUUGACAUGUUCCUCCCAUUCUUGAGAUGAGACAUUUUCACAAAAAUGGUUAAGUUGCAUUUUCCAAAUUUCUGUGAGAUGGUAAUAGAUGUUCCUUAAAAGGGUUCUGUCAUAAAAUAAGCUCAGGAACCAGCAAUUUAAAUAAAAUUGAACAGGUUCUUUUACAGCAAGCCUUUUUUUUUUU